AUGGGUAUCUCACGGCGUCCCAAGGACAAGUCCGCCCGCAAUGCUCAGCAGGCGGCCUCGGGCGGUGGCGGCGCCAAACCGAAGAAGGCCACCUUUGAUACCGGCAAGAAGAAGGAGAUUGGUGUCUCCGACCUGACCCUCCUUAGCAAAGUGUCUAAUGAAGCUAUCAACGAUAACCUCAAGAAGCGAUUCGAGGGCGCCGAAAUUUACACAUACAUAGGCCAUGUCCUGGUCUCGGUGAACCCCUUCCGCGACCUGGGAAUCUAUACCGACCAGGUCCUCGACAGCUACCGCGGCAAGAACCGCUUGGAGAUGCCCCCCCACGUCUUCGCCAUUGCCGAGUCCGCAUACUACAACAUGAAGGCCUAUCACGAGAACCAGUGCGUCAUCAUCUCCGGAGAGUCGGGUGCGGGAAAGACGGAGGCUGCCAAGCGUAUCAUGCAAUACAUUGCCAACGUCUCUGGAGGCCAGUCGGGCGACAUUCAAAAAAUCAAGGACAUGGUGCUGGCUACCAACCCCUUGCUGGAGUCGUUUGGCAACGCCAAGACGCUGCGAAACAACAACUCAUCGCGCUUCGGCAAGUACCUCCAAAUCUAUUUCAACUCCAACGGCGAGCCCGUUGGCGCCGACAUCACCAACUACCUGCUCGAAAAGUCCCGUGUCGUCGGCCAGAUUACCAACGAACGAAAUUUUCACAUCUUCUAUCAGUUCACCAAGGGCGCCUCUCGUCAGUACCAAGAGCUCUACGGCAUCCAAAAACCCGAGACCUAUGUAUACACCAGCCGCUCAAAAUGCCUCGAGGUCGACGGCAUCGACGAUCUAGCCGAAUUCCAAGACACUCUCAACGCUAUGAAGGUUAUUGGCCUAUCACAAGCAGAGCAGGAUGAGGUCUUUCGCGUGCUGGCAACGAUUCUGUGGGUCGGCAACAUUCAGUUCCAGGAAGACCAGAGCGGCUACGCAGAAGUGCGCGACAGCUCUGUUGUCGACUUCGCUGCCUACCUGUUGGAGACCACCCCGGAACAGCUGAUCAAGGGUAUCACAAUCCGUAUUCUUACCCCUCGCAAUGGCGAAGUCAUUGAGUCGCCUGCGAACCCUGCGCAAGCGACUGCCACUCGUGACGCGUUGGCUAUGGCCCUCUACAACAACCUUUUCGACUGGAUUGUUGCCCGCAUCAACAAGUCACUCAAAUCCCAACAAGUAGCUGCCAACGCUGUCGGAAUUCUAGAUAUUUAUGGUUUCGAGAUCUUCGAGAAGAACAGCUUCGAGCAGCUCUGCAUCAACUAUGUUAACGAGAAACUCCAGCAAAUCUUUAUUCAGCUUACGUUGAAGACCGAGCAAGAAGAAUACGCUCGUGAGAAGAUUCAGUGGACCCCCAUUCAAUACUUUGACAACAAGGUCGUCUGCGACUUGAUUGAGCAGGUCCGCCCACCGGGAAUCUUCUCCGCGAUGAAGGAUGCCACCAAGACCGCACAUGCCGAUCCCGCUGCCUGCGAUCGCACCUUCAUGACGAGCAUCAACGGCAUGUCUCACGCUCAUUUGACGCCUCGACAAGGCAACUUCAUUAUCAAGCACUACGCUGGUGAUGUCGCCUAUACCGUCGACGGCAUUACGGAUAAGAACAAGGAUCAGCUACUCAAGGGUCUACUGAACCUGUUCCAAAAAAGUGGUAACAAAUUCAUUCAUUCUCUAUUCCCCCAACAAGUUGAUCAGGACAACCGCAAGCAGCCUCCUUCUUCUGGAGACCGAAUCCGCUCCUCGGCCAACGCACUGGUAGACACAUUGAUGAAGUGCCAGCCGUCAUACAUUCGGACGAUCAAACCAAAUGAGAACAAGUCGGCUACCGAAUACAAUAGUCCCAACGUCCUUCAUCAAAUCAAAUAUCUUGGUCUACAGGAAAACGUUCGAAUUCGUCGGGCUGGUUUCGCCUACCGUCAAUCCUUUGACAAGUUUGUCGAUCGGUUCUUCUUGCUGUCUCCAGCCACAUCCUAUGCCGGCGAGUACACUUGGCAAGGAUCGUACGAAGACGCUGUUAAGCAGAUUCUCAAGGACACGAGCAUUCCCAAGGAAGAAUGGCAAAUGGGUGUUACCAAGGCCUUCAUCAAGGCGCCCGAGACGCUGUUUGCUCUGGAGCAUAUGAGAGACAGAUAUUGGCACAACAUGGCCACUCGCAUCCAGAGGAUGUGGAGGGCAUAUCUAGCAUACCGUGCUGAGAGUGCCACUCGUAUUCAGCGGGUAUGGCGCAAGAAGAGGACGGGUGCCGAGUACUUGCAGCUGCGUGACCGAGGUCACCGGGUUCUCCAGGGUCGCAAGGAGCGUCGCAGGAUGAGUAUUCUCGGCUCGCGCCGCUUCUUGGGAGACUAUCUUGGCGUAAAUGCUUCAGUCGGGUUUGGAGCUCAGGUCAGGCAAGCUGCUAACCUGGGCACAAAUGAACGGGCUGUGUUCUCCUGCCGUGCUGAGAUUCUGGAAGCCAAAUUUGGUCGCUCCAGCAAACCCAGCCCGCGACUCGUCAUCGUCACUAACAGCAAAUUUUACGUUGUCGCCCAGGCGCUUGUUGGUGGGCAACCACAAAUUCUGGUAGAAAAGGGCAUUCCUCUUGGCGCAAUCAGGUUUAUCGGAGCCUCGACAGCCAAUGACGACUGGUUCUCGCUGGGUAUCGGCUCACCCCAGGAGCCCGACCCUUUGAUGAACUGCAUCCUCAAGACUGAGCUGUUCACCCAAAUGCAACGCGUUAUGCCUGGUGGAUUCAACCUCAAGAUCGGAGACACGAUCGAAUACGCCAAGAAACCCAAUAAGAUGCAACAGGUUCAGGUACUAAAGGACUCUCAGCAGCGCGCCGACUUUUACAAGAGUGGUGCGAUCCAUACCACACGUGGAGAACCCCCCAACUCUACCUCUCGGCCUACACCGAAGGGCAAGCCAGUACCUCCUCGACCAAUCACUCGUGGCAAGCUUAUCCGACCUGGUGGCCCCAAUGGGCGCCCCUCGAGACUGCAGGCCAACAGAAAAGCUCAGCCUCUCCCGUCAGCUGGCAGGCGCUCCGUUCCUCAGCCGCCCUCCGUCAUCUCUGCUGCUUCUACUCCGGCUGCCGCCGUCGUGCCAAGGCCCGUUGCUCGACAGCCCGCAGCCCAACCAGCUCUGCAGCAGGUUCUCCCUAAUCACACGAGAAACAACUCCGGAGCUGGAAGAGCACCGCCUCCACCUCCGCCUGCUGCUCCGCCGGCGAAGCCCAAGAUCAUGGCCAAGGUUCUCUACGACUUCGCCGGCAGCAGGGACAAUGAGCUCACGGUUACUGCUGGAGAGCUGAUUGAGAUUGUCCAAAAGGAAAACAACGGAUGGUGGUUAGGAAAGAACUCGAGUGGCCAGGCCUGGGUUCCCGCCGCGUACGUCGAAGAGCAGGCGUCGGCCCCGCCUCCGCCUCCGGUCAGGGCAAAGCCGGCACCACCCGCGCCGCCGGCGAAGCGCCCGGCCGCCGCACGGAAACUAGAUUUGUCCCAGCGCGACUCGGGCAUGAGCCUCAACGGUGCUGGCGGUUCUGACACGAGCCGUAGCAACACGCCCACGCCCAGCCUCGGCGGCAGUCUGGCGGACGCCCUUCUGGCGAGGAAGAAUGCGAUGCAGAAGCGUGAGCAAGACGACGAUUGGUGA